AUGAGCGCCCCGCCGAUCCUGGACAACCUCGCAGAGCACCCGGGCCAGACUGUAUCAGGCCAUUGCGACGUCCACGAAUCUGAAGACCAUCAUUCCGCACUCUCCACACCCGGUCCCUCUCGUAUUGUCCAGCCACGCGUUUGUCAUUGCGCACUCCUGGAACCGCUCCUCGGAGAAGACGGAUCGUGGCGGACAGCAAUCGGUCUCCACGACGUCCAUGAGAAGGAAGGGGAUGCGGACGCGUUGGAGGACUGUAUCAAGAUCUAUCGCAGGCUCCUUGACGACGGUGGCGCCGUUCAACUCCAUGUCAGCGAACAACGGGCCGUAACCCGGAGGACUCUGGCUUUCAAGUUGUUACAGGACCGUAAUGGACUCGCCCACGCCAGCGGGCGCCACUGUGUUCUGUCCCGGCUCAGUCGAGCGCUCAGACAGCGCUUCCUGUUUCACGGAGUACAGCAGGAUCUCCAGGACGCGGUCGCGCACGGGCGCAGCGCGGUCGAGGCAUGUGAUUCCGAAGGCGUUUCUUGCCCCGCCACGACGACGACGCUCGCCGACGCGCUGCGCGAGCGAUUCGGCAGGCUGUCGAGCGCGGAAGACUUGGACGAAGCGUCUCAGCUCUGCCAGAGCGCGCUGGACGGUUCACCGCCCGGGUGCAAACUGCGGCCCGGGUGCCUGAACGCCAUGGGAAGGCUCGCCUGCUACCGGUUUCGAUUGCAGGGCAUGGCCGGCGGCGCGGCGCAGGCGAUCGUGCUUCACAGGGAGGCGUUGCACACGCCUGGCCUGGCGUAUCCGGAGGAUUUCAAGGCCCGCUUCCUGCUUGCGUUGGCCCUCUUCACCGAAUACGAGGUGGACGGUCAGAUGGACAAACUCGAGGAGGCGAUCAAGCUCUAUCGCACCGCGCUGGAGUUGUGUCCUCCAAAACACGUCGAUCGGCCGAUCGUGCUUCUGAACGUCGGGAUCGCGCUCACCAUCCAAGGAGAAGACAAGAGCGUCGUGAGCGACGUACAAGAGGCGAUCACGCACCUCCGCAACUCCCUGUCCCUACGCCCUCCGGGCGACCCCUACCGGAUCAACUCGAUGUCCACUCUCGGGAACGCCGUGCGGUCCCGGUUCAUCCUCGAGGGCAGGCCGGAGGACCUCCAGGAGGCGACGCAGAUCCGGCGGGACGUGAUCGCAUGCUGCCCGCCCGAGAACCCACACAUGUGGAUAUUCGUCGGCAACCUCGCCAACGUGCUUGGAAGCCAGUACGAGCACUUCGGGAGCCUGGGCGACCUCGACGAGUGCAUCCAGCUACAGCGGGAGGCGAUGAGGCGCAUACCAUCGGGUCAUCCCAGGAUCGCCAUCGUUCUCUGCAAUCUCGCCGAGUGCUUGAUCAUGCGUUUCGACGACACCGGUCGCGGCGCCGACCUCGAGGAAGCAAUUCAGAGUUUCCGGGAAGCGAGCGACAUCACGAGGCCAGGGCACCCUCACUACUCCAAUACGGUGGAGUACCUGGCCACCUGUCUCCGCCGACGUUUCCGCAUCUCCGGCGCGUACAAUGACCUCGAAGAUUCGAUCGCCCUCUCAAGGCGCGCCAUCGGAAUGGUGUCCAAGAGCUAUUCAGGUUAUCCACCUAUGAUCAUCCAUCUCGCCGAAGGACUGUGGCUCCGAGGCGAGCACAGGAGGGACCUUGACGACAUCAUACAUGCCAUCAAAGCGCUGGAGGAUUUGGACCCCGACUUGACGCCCGAAGUAGAGCGGCAACGUUGGUUCGAGAUCCUCGGCAAAGCGUACUUCGCCAAGUUCAAACACACGCGCUCUGCGUCGGACUUUGAGAAGGCGCGUGAACUCGUGGAGAAACAACUGGAGCUGCUCACCACUGGCCAUCGCGAGCGCUCCAGGCGGCUGAUCGACCUCGCCGAGCUUCACCUCGAGCACGGACCUGGUCGCGACAUCGCGCAGGCACUGCAGUUCCUCUCAGAAGGCCUCACGGACGACCACCUGGACGUUCGCGCCCGGCUGCGAGAAGGCGUCCGCUUGCUCUCGGCCAUCGAAUGCGACCACGGGGACAUCACGGACGACGUCGCGACCUACUCCCGCCUGCUGGACGUCUACCGCACAAUCGUCCACUUGCUCCCGCGCCUGGCCUUCUUCGAAGUCGACCUCCCCUCCCGCCUCAAGACGCUCGCGGUCGGCCAGAGCGUAGCCGUCACCGCCGCAAGCCAUGCGCUCGAGCUGUCCAGGCCGCAAGACGCGCUCGAGAUACUCGAGCAGUCCCGCGCCAUCUUCUGGACGCAUUCGCUCCGGCUGCGCUCGCAGUUCGACCUCGUCCCGGACGAGUAUCGACGGCGCCUGCUGGAGCUGUCGCGCCAGCUCGACCGGCACGACGAGGGUACCGGGCUCGCGAUCGAGAAGCAGCAGCUGGAGCUCGCGCGAGCAAGGAGGUGGAAGCAGACGGACGAGUUCCAUAAUCUGGUGGGCCAAGUCCGGUCCCUGCCCGGCCUCGAGCGGUUCAUGCUCCCGGAUGACCUGACGGCUCUAUCCGGAAUCGCGCGACACGGGCCCGUCGUGGUCCUCAUCGCGUCUAAGGUUACGCGCCGCGCGGUCGUGCUUAGGCGUCCAGGGGAUAUAGUCAAUGUUCCUCUUCCCCUGGUGUCUGUCGAAGGGCUUGUGCAGUCCAGCAAGGGCUGGAAGUCGGUCCUCAUCAGCGAGAAGCGAUCCGUCACGCGCGACAGUCGACUGAAAUUGCACAAAACGAGGAUCACGGGCCAAGAACGGAGUGCGACGCACGUCAUUCUGGAGCAGCUUUGGGUGGGCGUUGUGAAGCCGGUACUCGACUCACUGGGACUCAAGCCCUCGCAAGGUCGAGAUCGCCCUCGCCUAUGGUGGUGUCCGACCGGAGAGUUCGCUCGUCUGCCGAUCCACGCUGCGAGCGGCGGGGACGAAACGUGUUCGGAUUACGUCGUUUCUUCCUAUAUCCCGACCCUAGGCGCCCUCGCGACCGCAAGAGCGUCGUAUACGCCCCUCACCAAACGACAAUGCAAGGUCCUCCUUGCGGCCGUGCCGCGGUCACACGUCCCUAUGUGGGCCGACCUACCGUCGAUCGUGGACGAAAUCCAGAACGUGGCAGAGAUAUUACCCGCCGAUUCGCUGAUGCCGAUACCGGAUACGGAGGACGCCCGGGUGGGGGACGGACGUGGUGUGCACGCGCAGACGCUGCUCGACCGGUUACCGGAGGCCAACAUUUUGCACCUAGCGUGUCAUGGCAUGCAAGACCCAGAGAAUCCGCUCGAGAGCGGCUUCGUCAUGCGCGACGGCAUCCUCAAUAUCGCCAGAUUGAUGGGUACGCCGUCUCCGAACGCGCUCAUGGCCUUUCUCAGUGCAUGCGAGACGGCUAAGGGCGACAAAAAUCAGCCAGACCAGACCAUCCACCUGGCAGCAACGAUGCUGUUCGCUGGCUUCAAGAGCAUCAUUGCGACGCUGUGGUCCAUGGAAGAUGUCGACGGACCGAUGAUAGCAAGCCACAUCUACAAGGAACUAUUCCACGGAGGGUCCGAGCACCUGGACCCUGACAUCAUACCAUACGCGCUCGACUCUGCAGUACGAAAACUCCGGGAGGUGGAAACCUCCCCGAGCAGAUGGGCACCGUACAUACAUCUCGGGAUGUGA